AUGGUGGAAGCAAUGGUACGUGUUGGCUUGACUUUUAUGUCUGACAGACAAAAGGGUUUGCUUGAAGCAAUCAAGACAGUGACUCCACAAGCCAACAACAGAUUCUGUGUUAGGCACAUAUGGGCAAACUUUAAGCUCAAUUUCACUAGAACUUUGUUUAAGGACUUGUUUUGGGAUGCAGCUAGAGCUACAACAUUUAUGGAUUUUGAAAUUGCAAUGGAGUCCAUCAGAUUCCUUGAUGAGGAUGCUUGGUGCUACCUAGAUGACAUCCAACCAGCACAUUGGUCUAGGUGGGCCUUCUUGACUGAUGUGAAGUCAAACAUGUUGUUGAACAACUUGUGUGAGACUUUUAAUGUUGUCAUCAAAGAUGCAAGGGACAAACCAAUUCUAACUCAGAUGGAAUGGAUGAGGAGGUACAUGAUGAAAAGGAACAACGAUAAAUGGGAGGCUGCUAAGAAGAUGAAAGGAAGGAAACUGAUGCCAUACAUAGGCAUAGUGUUUGAUGGCUUGGAGAAGUACAGCAGGGGGUGUAUUGUGCAACAGAGUAGGGAUGACCAAUAUGAGGUGGAAUUAGGCAGUGACCAAGUCACUGUUGAUUUGUCUAACAAAACAUGCUCUUGCUUCUACUGGGAUCUAACAGGUAUCCCCUGUGUGCAUGCAUACUCCUGCAUCAUGGACAAAAGAGCUAAUCCAGAUGACUAUGUGCAUGAGUAUUACAGCAUGGAGAAGUACCUGAAAGCUUAUGAAAAGCCAGUGAAACCAAUGCCUGGUGCUAAGUUUUGGGAGAAGGUGGAUGUUCCUGCACCAGCACCACCUAGAUACAAGGUACAACCUGGCAGGCCAAAGGUAAACAAGAGGAGACUGGAAGCAGGGGUGAAACAAGGGAAAGGGAAGAAGGCCAAGGGAGACCAACAUACCCAGGUUGAGCACCCUAAAAGACCAAAAAAACAAAACAAGUGUGGGAAGUGUGGUGGACUAGGUCACAACAGAACAACUUGCAAGAAGGAUGGUGCACCUGAUCAACCAGCUUACAAAGGGCAGGGUGGUAGGCCAACAUCCAACACUCCAUGGGUUGCUAAACAGAGAAGAAAGAAGGAAGAAAGGGUACUUAAGGCUGCUGUAGCUGCAGCUGCAUGUGCAGGAUCUUCAAGUCAGCCCCAAUCCCAAGUAACCCAAACACAACAGUCCCAAACUCAUCAACACCAGUCCCAAACUCAGCCACAACAACCUAGGACUAAAAUGCCAGUGAGGAGGACCAUUACUUCUGAUUUGUAG